CUUCACAAGUUCUUAAUGGGUUUUGACAGCUAGUCCUGGUGGAGUGUUUGGUUUAUAACAGGCUGCAGACUCCACACAGCUGUUGUCGCUUCUUACGGCGGACGCUGACCAGCUAAACAAACCCGCCCUGUUUUACGCGCAGCUGAUCCAUCCAGCUGCGAAGAGCUGCGUCACUGCCAGUCUUAUAAAGCGCACAGGUGCCCGCUAAUUGCGCACAUUGCUGAUUAGUCUGUGUGCCGUGGUUUAAUGCUCUGUAAUUUAGCUGCUGCUUUUUAGGCAGAAGGCUGCAAACAUGAGUGCUGGAGGAGGAACUCCUUAUAUUGGCAGUAAAAUAAGUUUGAUUUCCAAGGCACAGAUUCGCUAUGAGGGAAUUCUGUCUUCUGUAGACACAGACCGGUCCACGGUGGCUUUGGCUAAAGUUAAAUCUUUUGGCACAGAGGACCGCCACACAGACAGACCAGUUCCACCCAAAGAUGAAAUUUAUGAAUAUGUCAUCUUCAGAGGAAGUGACAUCAAAGAUAUUACUGUGUCUGAGCCUCCAAAGCCACACUAUGGUCUUCCUCGAGACCCCGCUAUUGUUCAGUCAUCCAUUGGCAGCUCCUCUGCUGGGUAUCACCCACGCUGGAGUCCAUACAGGGACAUGAUGCCCACCUACAACCAGCUGGCUGCUAGUUCUCUACUCAACCAGCAGUACAACGCUGCACUGGGCCUCGUGCCAGGACUUCACGGCCCAACCAGAAGAGUCCCCAUGGUGGAGCAGGCUGUCCAGACGGUGCCUUUGGCCAGUGCUGCACAGAAAAAGGGGAAGACUUCAACACAGCCACAGAGCAGACAGCCUGGCCGUCCAACCCAGCGAUCUGGUCGAGAUGUCUCCCAGGUUCAGAAGGAGAAUGCACCCACCAGUAGGGUGCCAUCCCAGCCAAGUGCACCCAAGACUCAAGGCCAAGGAACUGAAAACCAGAAGCAAAGACAAAAACAAGGCAGUCGCAGGUCCAGGAACCGAAGAAGAGGCCAACUUCUUGUGAAAAACCCCAAGGCUACAACUUUGGAGUUCGAGUCAGACUUUGACUUUGAAACCGCAAAUGCUCAGUUCAAAGAUGAUCUUACAAAGGAGGUUGUCGUGGAGAAAGUUGAUUCUGGGGAGGCCCAGGACAGCCAGGAGGAGGAGACUCUAGGAGAGAAGUACUAUGACAAGACCAAAUGCUUCUUUGACAACAUCUCAUCAGAUCUUAAACCGAGGAGAACUACCUGGGCAGAGGAGAAAAAAUUGAACAUUGAAACAUUUGGAGUUCCUGGUCGCUUCCUGAGAGGCAGAGGAUUCAGAGGCCGCGGACGCAAAGGACCGAGCGCCACCGAGCAGCGAGCCCUCCCAAAGGUUGGCAGUGGGAGGGUGUAAAGGCUUUUCUUUUUGUUAACACUACUGUAAAUAUUGUAGUUUUCUACUUAUUUAAAAAAAGUACCUCCCUGUUCUCCCCCAUUUUGAAGCACUUGAAGUGACAAGGUGUUUUUGUUUAGUUUUUUUUCCUUCAUCCCAAAUGUGCAUUUAGGGAAUGUUGUACUUUGGAUCCUUUAUAUGAAAUGGGAGAGUGAUUUCUUUUAAAGCCAGCAGCUGUGCAUAAAUGUAUUCAUUGUUAGUUUGGAAGCAUGCAAUGCUGAAAUUUGUCUUUUGAACAGACUAGUAGGCAUGCCUUUCUUUUCUUUUUCUUUUUUUUUUUUUGUGUUUUUGUUCUGCUAAAUGUCUGAAUGUAUUAACUUAUGACUGCUCGAUUGUACAAAUGUGACUCCAAAGAGGUCUUGAAAGGCCAUCUUUUCAAAAGUGAAGAGUAAGACCGCAGUGCUUUUGGUUUGUUGUUUGUUUUUUUUCUCAUUUGUAAAAUGAAAACUGGAGAAACAUGUGUAACAGUUGCUAAUAAAUAAUAUGAUAAACAGA